UUCUGUAACCUUACCUGCGUAGCUGAUCUGCCUAAAGACAAGGUGACACUGAAGGUCAUUUUCACCUGUCCAGAUACACUGUCAGACUCCAGUUUAGACACUGCAAUUUUAGGUGAAUCGUCAUCUACAUCAACUUCUUCACCCAGCAUCCAUUCAGAGUUAUCUGUCGCCCGUUCGCAUCCAUGGCCAACAUCCUUUCCCAUCCCUGUUUUUACUUAUGAUGUGGAGCUGAGGCUAAGACAAGGUAAUGAGGCAUUUCGAAAGGAUGGAACACUUCUGUCAAUUCCCAGAGACAUGAAGAUUGAAAUUCUUGAGAAACUUGCAGAAAAUAUAUACUCAUACAAAGCCUAUCCUGGGAAUGAAGAGAUUGAGAGUGUAGCGGCUGCAUUAAUUGAAAAACACCCCUGUCUCAAAGAGCCAAGCUCCACAUCUGGGUGGUAUGGGUGGAAAAUUAGUUUGAAGUUUAAAAUGGGCAACUACAGGCAAAAGCUGAGAGAUGCUGGUUGUCAGGAACUGAAAGUGAAUUGUGAAAGGAGAGGUCUUGGGGAGACCAGAGGAAAGAGAAACAAAGUCAAGAAACCAAGACGAUGUGAAACUAAUUUUCUACCAGAUCUACCUCAGGGCAAAGACCGGGAAAGUCUAGAAAAGGAAAGAGAGCAAAUGGCUGUGGAGAUGACGAAGAGGACUCCAGACAUCACAAUUGUUGAUGCUGCUAUGAGCAGCACGUAUUCUUUGAGAAGACAAGAAGUCGUUGAUGAGGAGCCACCAGUGUCACAAAUGAAAAUCCGAUGGCCAGCAAUUUUCACGGAAAGACAGAUCAGCAAAGAAUUCACCAGGCUUGUGUCAAAGGACCUGAGCAAGUCCUUUUUGGAAGGCUUAGAUGGCCAUCUCUCGAAGCUGAUACAGUUAUUUCGGUCAAAGCGUUAUGAGGACGUUCCAGAAAUGACUUCCAUACUGGAGAGCCUUGAUAAGAAUCCCAGUGACCGUGAUGAGGAUGUGAUCAAGGGCAUGGUGAUCGGAAUCCUAGUGGUUGUGGAAAAUGUGAUGGAGCCUCUCCCAGAAUUCUACAAUGAUGUUGCCCUGGUGAUUGAGGAAGAAGUGGUGAUGCGUCACCUGAGUGACAUACCUAAUGCUUUUCUGAACCUGAUGGGCCUGGUGUACGCAUUAAACCUUGACUACCCAAAGGAAUUAAAAUUCACUUUUGAAGUGAUACAGCGCCUGUUCAUUGGAGUUGGAUCAGAGUCUUGCACCGCAAGAGUUCACUCUUUGAAGAGCAAGUUGCUGAGAUAA